AUGUCACCAUGGAACAAACUCAUUCCGAACUGGUUUUCGAAACUAGUAUUGAAAAACUCGGACAACAACGACCAUGAAACCAACAAGACGAACUCCUGCUUUGCUCAAAGUGAAAUUCCAGAAAGAAGGAUGACACAUCCUAUCACAGGACAAGUAUUACUUCGACUGACAGCUAUCAAGAAAGACGUUGGCCAACAUGUUGUGUAUCAAUAUGAAACAACCUCAUUGACAAAUCCGCAAUUAUUGAUUGCAAUUUGUUCAAAUCGAGAGCUCUAUGGACAGCCAUGCAAGGAUUGUGUGACAUCAUUGGAAUUGAAAAUUUACAUUUCUGAAAAUAACUCAAAUAAUUCAUCUAUUUCUUAUCAAAAACAAAUAGAAGCAUGUAGAUUAUGUGGACUACUCGAUUAUUUCUCAAGUGAACAAGCAGCAUGGACUUAUUUAAUUGAAUUUUUAGAUGGGGGAGAAGGAUAUGUGAAACAACAUGUUGCAAGAUUGGAUAUUGGAUGUUUAUUGGAAUUGAACGAGAAAAGAAUGAUUGAGAAUUUUAUUGUUAAAAAGAGUGCCACUAUGUCCUCCGAAGAAUUGGUGUCGUAUUGUGUCAGUUGUUGUCAUGAAUCCAUGAUCAGUGACGAAAACGUGACAGAAUUUCAUUUUGAUGAACUCAAAUUAUUCAAAUCAAAAUUUAACAUCAAUUUGAGAAGAAAAUGGAUGAAAAUAGUUUACAAAUCUCAAGAACUUGAAUAUGAGGAAUGUUUGAUUGAGGACAUGCCAUUCUUGUGUUAUAACACACUCAUAUUCAAUGGAGAAAUGAUUCUCAAAAGCAUCUUUUCAUUCAAUACUCAUUUCUUGGAACAAGUUCCAGAGUAUUCACAAGAUCUGGUGUUCAAAAUUGACAAGAGACAUUUCCGUCAUCCAUGUGUUCAAUUUGCCAAAGAAAUUCUCAUCCAAGUGUUUGGGUUCAAACGAUUAUUGCUAUUCGAAAAUAAUUUAGUUUCAUCCAAAACACGACCAUUGUUAAAAGCAGUAUGGACAUUGAUCAUGACACAAAUUCAUGUUCCAGAAUUUGCCUUAAUAUUUCCUGUGUUUUGGCCUCAAACAAGUGAAUUACCUGAUUUACCACAAGCUCUGUGGAAGAUCAUGACAACGACAAUGAAUAAUGAUUUUGAGCCUGAGACGUUGCAUGACAUUUCCAUAACUUGCAAACACUACACUUUUGAGAACACUGAUUUGUAA